AUGCAAUUCGCUGCGACGCCGAACCCGGCACGAUACUCGACGCCAGGGUUCAGCUCCAGCCAUGCAGUGAAAGAAAGCCCCGUCGCCAAGUCCUCCUCGCGCACCCCCAACUUACAUACACCAUGGACGAAUACCGGUAUGAGCCGCUGCCGCCAGAAGGCAAACACAUUCGGCUGGCAGUGCUUCAUCCGCGCGCGUCCCCCAGUCCGGAUGACAUCCGCGUCACCAUGUACAACACGCCGCUGGACGCCCGACAGCGGCUGCUGCCGUCCUUCAUGGCUCUGUCGUACGUCUGGGGAGACGCAAAACGACAGGCGAGACGUCGCAGUCGUCCAGUCCGCCGGCCUAGCAGAAGCCCUCGGCCACCUCCCCUACGCCGACAGCCACGCGGUCCUCUGGAUCGACGCCGUGUGCAUCAACCAGCAGGACCUGGACGAGCGCGCGCGCCAAGUCUCGCUCAUGGCCGAGAUAUACGCCUCGGCGGAGCGAGUCCUCGCGUGGGCCGGCCCGUCCGCCCCGGACAGCAACGUGGCCGUGAACCUGCUGCGCCGCAUCGCCGACUCGGUCGACGUCGACUUUGCGUCGCUCGCGCUGCGGCCCAGGGAGAGCGGCGCGGCCGGCGCGUACUUUGGGCUCCUGCUCGACGAGCACCAGCCCUGCCCUGGGACGGGCCGGAGUCGCAGGCCCUGGAGGCCUUCUUCCACAGGCCCUGGUCCGAGAGGCUCUGGGACCCCGGACACCCCCGGUUCCGGCGCUGGACGGCGAGGACGGCGAGGACGGCGCUGGUGGCCGACACGGCGGUGCACGGCGGUGCACGGCGUGUCGGGCCUCGGCCACCUGCUGCGGCAGAUGCGGCGGACCGAGUGCGCGGACCCCCGUGACCUACGGCGUCCUGGGGAUCCUGCCGGCGGCCUCGCAGGGCCUCGCGCGGCGCAUCAGGCCCGACUACAGAAAGCCCGCGGCGGAAGCGUACAAGGAGCUGGUGCUCGCCGAGAUGGAGGCGACGCGCAGGGCCGACGCUUACACGGCCGGGGGACCAGAUAUCCGUCAUGCUGGGCUGCAGUGCUACGGGCUCGGGAGGCAUCGAGCGGCGGCACCGAAAACAGCAACACGUAUGCCGCUGUUGGGCCCUGCAACGCGCAUGGCCUCAACUGGGGAGAGGCCCUGCUUGGCCCGCUGCCGGAGGACGUGCGCCUCACAUGGAGCCCGUCCGGGCCGGUGUUCAGGAAUAGAAACACGGGUGAAGGUGCGGCGGCAGAUCCCGGGAUCGACUGGGACCUGCUGCAAGUCGAUGCCAAGGAGGAUGCGUUUGUGCAGAGGGCCAACACGGCAGGCGGAGCGCCCACGUACAAGAGGCCUGAUGCGGCGUAUUUUGCAAACAAGGGCGCCAGGCCGAGAACCCUUCAUUUGGUUUAG